GCAAGUGCUAUGCGGUUAUAGUGGGUGUGUUUGUGUCGAGGAAAGGAUAAGCUCAGCGUAGCCUAAUAGAAGCAUCAUAGUGGGCCUUUGUUGUUUUGAGUUGAAAGGUAUUCUGUUAGUUGAUGAAGUGGACCUUGACAAGUUCCAAGUCUUCUACUGGUUUUUUGUUGGUUAGUGUUUUCUUCAAAGUUUCCUAUAUAUGAGGUCCCUGUGCAUGUGAAGCCAUCUUCUCUUGUAUCAGUGAGCAUUCUUCCAUACCCCGUGAGAGCAUUAUACCUCAGGAACUCAAUCCUCUCAAUGGGUGAUGCUCUACUCUCUGCCUUUCUGCAAGUCCUUUUUCAGGUCAUUGCAGAUUUUGUCAAGGAGGAGCUUCAGUCCCAGAGUAGUCUUCAGAACGAGCGGAAAAGUCUAAUUUCUAAUGUCGAAAUGAUUCAAGCUGUUCUCAGAGAAGCUGAGAAGAUGCAUCUUUCUGAGCUACAAAAAAAGUGGUUCAGUCAGCUGAAAGAUGUCAGCUAUGAUGCAACGGAUGUGCUGGAUGAGUACAUGUAUGAAAUUCAACGCCAUCAGGUGAUCCAUCUUGCCUCUGUGCGGAACAAUCCACUCUUUUCUCAUUUGAGCCUUCGGCGUCAAAUAUUUAUGCAUGAUAUGGGAAAGAAGAUUAAGGAUAUAGCUGACAGAAUUGCUAGUAUAAAAAAAAAACGUUCGACCUUCCAAGUAGAUGUUCAUGGCCAUACUGGGCAGCAUCAUGAAAGCAGAAGCCUCCAACAGAGCACCAAUUUUCCUCCACCUUUUGUUUAUGGUAGAGAUAAUGAUCAAGAGAAAAUUGUAGAGAUGCUUCUUCAAUCUGAUCUGAAGCCUAAUGUUACGGUCUUGCCAAUACUUGGGGAGGCUUGUAUGGGGAAGACGACAGUUGCUCAGCUAGUUUUCAAUGAUGAGCGUGUAUCAAGUUAUUUUGAGCUGAAGCUGUGGGUUCAUGUGUCGCAUGAGUUCGAUAUAGCAAGGAUCACUGCAUCUAUCAUAGAAUCUAUAGAAGGCAAACCAUUUUCUGGCAACCUUAGUACCCUCCAGACGCAUCUGGCAAAACGGUUAAAAGACACAAGGUACCUUCUUGUCCUAGAUGACUAUUGGAGAGAGAACUGGCAUGACUGGCAUUGCAAGCUCAAACUUCCAUUGCUGAAGGGUGCAGUCGGAAGCAAGAUCAUAGUGACGACAAGGAGCGCAGUAGUUGCUAGAGAUCUCGGUACAUCAUCAAUAACUCCAUAUCGGUUGCAGCGUCAGCAAGAUGAGGACUGCUGGUUGUUGUUCUGCCACUUCUCCCAACGCACAGAGACCCAUACAUACAAUUCUCAAGAUAUUUCUAGAUUGAGGGAAGAAGUUAUACGGAAGUGUAGGGGUGUACCUUUCAUAGCGGUCUGUUUAGGCAAUAGAGUGCAGCAAGAGAACGAUAGAAGCAAGUGGACAGCUAUUCUGCAUGAGGAGAAUUGGGAUUCCACCGGUCAUUUGAUUGGAGCCCUCCGACUGAGCUAUACACAGCUAGAUUCCCAUCUCAAGCCUUGUUUUGCAUACAGCUCCAUUGUUCCUCAAAACUUCCUGUUUGAGGAGGAAUGGCUUAUCCAGCAUUGGAUGGCUCAGGGCUUCAUUCAACCUAAUACUAGCACCGACGAAACAAUUGAGGACAUUGGAAGAUCUUACUUCAGAUCUUUAGUUGGCCGAUCCUUUUUCCAGAGGGCACAUGUUGAUCGCACUGGGGAACGACAAAGUUACAGCUUGUCUGAAAUGAUGCAAGAUCUUGCUAGACAUGUCUCAGGUGAAGACUGUAAAUGUAAUACUAUUAUUCAAGGACCUUACAACAUACCAGAGAAGGUCCGGUAUUUAACAGUAGUCUUCAAUAUGCCUGCCAGUCAGGACAUGUUUGAGGUUAUUUCUGGAGGCAAGUGCUUGCACACACUUAUAGUUGUGGGUGGCUCUGAACGUUUCGAGCUAAAGAUCCCUACUGAUAUUGCAAAGAGAUUUAUAAGGCUACGUGCAUUAGAUUUGAGUAAUUUUUGUGUAACUGAGCUGCCUGAAUCGAUUGGAGAAUUGAAACAUCUUCGGUGUCUCCAAUUGCGAAACACCAAGAUCAGACGGCUGCCUGAAUCAGUUUGUGAUCUUUACAGUCUCCAAACACUGGGCCUUACAAAUUGUUACAACCUUGAAGAGUUGCCACGUAAAAUAAAAAAUCUUCGCAUGAUAAGGCAUAUUGAUCUGGUAAUGGCCCGCAAUGUCUGCAGUUUGGAGGGCAUGCCUAAGGGUAUAGGUUUGUUGGAUGAGCUUCAGACGCUGUCAAGAUUUGUCGUAAGCUUAGACACUCACAGAGGCAGUAUUGCAGAGUUGGCUGACUUGAACAAGCUCUGUGGGGAACUUCUCAUUUCGAAUCUGCACCUUGUUGAAUCUGUGCAAGAAGCUGUACUGGCAAAAUUGGCCUCCAAGCAGCGCCUCCAAAAGCUGGAACUUUCAUGGAGCCACAGCAACAAAAAUGCUGAGGAAAUUCUAGAGCGCCUAAAGCCACCAACCAACGUUAAGGAGCUUACCAUGUCAGGUUACACGGGCAUGGCAUGCCCUAGCUGGCUUGGUUCUGCACAGUACACAAAUGUCGUCACUGUGUGCCUCUAUGAUUUCAAAAGAUGCACUGAGCUUCCUCCUCUUGGUUUGUUACCUGCUUUGAAAAAUCUCCACUUGAAAGGUUGGGCAAGCUUGGUUUCUAUAAAUUGCAGCAUAUUUUGUGGUAGAAGUACGCCUAGUUUCCCAUCUCUGAAGAAGCUACAUUUGGAGAGGAUGGACAGGUUACAGCUUUGGGAUGGAGAUGAGAGAUGUGCUUUUCCUAGUCUUCUUGAGCUUAUUCUCGAGAACUGCUGCAGGCUGAAACAAGUGACUCACAGUCUCCCUUCAUUGGCAAAGAUAACAGUGGAAGGGUCACUUCAUUUUUGUGGCUUUCGGAGGUACCCGUCUCUGAAGCAUGUGAAUGUGAAUGCAAGUGGUGAGUGGAUUUGGGGAUCAUGGCGAACCCUUUCUUGUCCUAUAUCCGUCUCCCUUUGCAAGUUGCCAACGGUUGAGUUCCCCUAAGGCUUAGGACGGUUCCAUACUUCUUUACAACGCCUUGAGAUCAGCCAGUGCGAGCAGCUGGUGUCUAUACCUGAGGACUGGCCACCGUGCAAUCUGAUUCACUUCUCGGUAAGGGAUUGCCCUAAGCUUCGCGAACUGCCAAGGGGCAUUCGACGCCUGAAAGCUUUGGAAGACAUGGAGAUUAUUGCUUGUGGGCAGCUUACUUGCCUCCCGGAGAUGGGUGGUCUUAUUUCACUGUUACGACUGGAGAUUUCAGAGUGCGGUUUAAUUCAGUCCCUACCAGACAUGGGGUUACCAAGUUCAGUGCGUGUUUUGAGCAUUAACAGCUGCCCUCUGCUGGCAAGGUCUUGCCUGAAUGGGGGAAGCGCGCAUCAUGUCAGGAUGAACAACAUCUUAGUGUGGAUUGACGGACGUGAAGUGCCCACUUCUGCACGAUGAACAAGCGUCGCUUUGUUACCUGCCAGAGCUCCAGAGAGAUGAAGAAAAUCCACCACGUUGUGUUCUUUUGUCUCUUGCUUGUUUUAUCCAUCCCAAACUUACUUGGUAUCUCAUACUAUCCUGGUUUGCUACAUUCAGGUUUUUGUGUUGUAUGUUCUUGCUUUUGUAAGAAGUGUAUCUCAUCAUGCUGUGUGUUUUUGUUACGUUACAGCGUAUCCAUCAUUUCUUGUUCUUGUUUAAAUGGCAGCAUGGCACCAUUUGGCUU